ACCGCUACUUCUCAUCAAUGAAAAAUGUCUACCGAAAAGUCAGUUUCUCUGCUUCAACGAGUUCACUGGAUUUGCAAUACAAUUUAUCAUCAACUGGUUGCGAUAGUUGCAGUUUACGUCUCCUACAUUUUUUUCAAAUACAUCAAUAUUGAUAAUAGGAGCUUGUGGCAUAACUUCUUGUGCACAACUGCAUAUAUACCUCUCAUGGCAGAAGGUUUCAUUCUAUUUUCUGAGCAGAACGUCUGGUCUCAGAGGCUUGAGAGAAAAAAGAAGUACUAUAUCCAUGGAAUACUACUAGCUGUCAGUACAAUUUCUUUGAGUGUUGGGAUUGGUCUCAAAAUUGAUGUAAAAAAUCAACAUUUUAAAAGUGACCACGCUAUAACUGGACUAGCUUCAUGGAUCCUUGCGCUGGCAUCAGUCAUACUCGGUAUGUUCGCGGCUUACUCCCAGAGUCUCAAGAGCUUUUUGAAACCGGUGAUCCUAAAGCUCAUACACAACUUCCUCGGGAUGGCGUCAUUCGCUAUAGGAAUAGCAAGUCUCUGCUUGGGAUUGUAUUAUAGGGACUUUGCUGGUCGCGUAACAACCAUCGAGCGAGACACCACUCUGUGGUUAGUCGGAAUUGUGUCAACUUGGAGUGUAGUGAAUGCUAUCGUAUCACAGUUCAACCAGCUCAGAUCGUUGUUGUCGUCCAAUUGAUUGAUUUAAUGGUGGAAAUCGGUAUGAAAAAGACAGUCUGAAGGGUUGAUUUUGUUUCUUGUAUGUUGGAGUUUUUGUUUUUUUGUUAGUUUUUGAUGCUGUUAACGAAGAGUCGGUUAUUGAAGAAUUCAUUUGGGAAACUUUUUUGAUAAAUGUAUGAGUACUCAGUAGAUGGCGUGAAAAUUCCAAACUAUAUCGGAAACUGAAUUACAUUUUUGAGCAAGCGACUGACGAACAUAUUUUUCAAAUGAUCAAUGAGUAACUUAAAACAAUAUUGAUGCAAUAAUAAGGCUCCAUUCCGAGUCAUCAGUCAUAAGGAGGAUAUUUCAAUUUCUUCACCAAUGAUUUUUCACUCUUUCCGCUGGUAGUUAAUUUUCAAAAUUUUUUCUGCAACAAUAAAAUUAAUUUCAAGAUAUUUGAAAUCGAAUACGGUUUCGAUUAGUGAGUUUCACACCCUGUCUCUGUCUUUUUCAAAACCAUCAUCAUGUAUAUCGAAAUAAACACAACAAUUUCUGAAAUGCUGAAAUCCAAUAAAUGAUCUGAAUGUAUUCAUUUGAAU